ACAUACAUACAUACAUGUACGUACAUGCACGCGGCGGAACUGCCAACGUCAGCAAACCCCUGGCCAAAGGAUCUGGCUGUCAAGCAAUGCACCCGCCCUCACAACAGCGGUGUGUGUCUACCCAUGUGUGCCUCUCUCUUUUUUUUCUUUCUUUCUCUCUCUCUCUGCGCCUGCCGGUGUACGAUGCAACAGCAGUACGCUGUGCGCGCACCCACAGCAGUCUCGUGUACCAAGCCAUCCCCGCGUCCCCUAUUCUCUCCACCUCCUCCAACUUCGUCUGCUCACCUGGCCUCACCGUCCCCUCUCCACCAACGUUGCUUCCAAUCUACUCGGCACACCGAUCGCCCCCCCCUCGUAGCUAGCUACCUCGAGCAACCCAAUCUCUCUUUCCCCUCCUCUUCCCGUCAAAUGGAACGCCUGAUGUCAUCAUAUGCCGCCGUUACCCAUCGUUUCUUUGCUCGUACUUUUUCUCUCCCACCCUUGCCUCUAAGCCCAGAUCGUCCCGUUGUGCAUAUCCCGCCCCGUUGUUGGGUCUGCCGCGCUUGUUUGUCUGGCCCCCCCCCCCCUCCCUCUACUUUGGCCGCCUUGCGCUUGCUGACCGGCCGAGAAGGCGGGGGUUUCUUUUUCGGUUCUUUUUUUUUUUUUUUACCUGCGUCUCUCUCUCUCUUUCUAAUCUAA